CUCGUGUCUCCCUCAGGCAGUUUGUCCGUUAGAGAGUCGGGGGAGCAUCUGGCGAAGAGACCCGGACUGUGCGAGAGACGCUGUGAGAUCUUUGCACCCUGCUCUGCAAGUUGCUACCAUGGAGAUGAGCCGAGGUGGAGAGGCGAGGAGUAAGGGCGAAUCUUGCACCACGUGGAGUGCGCUGUCCUCAGAGGGCAACGCCUCCAUCUGCAGCAAAUCACCGCAAGAAAUCCUGGCUCUCUUUGGCCCUCACUUGACCAACCGUGAGAAGCUAGAACUCGCAGCCAUGCAGGAAGUGUGGUACUUUGCACUUUUCAACAAAUCUCAGGGAUUCAACAAUGAUGGAUACGACGACUACGAACGAAAUUACAUUCUGUUCCGGCAUGAGCACCUCCGCUAUCGCUAUGAGGUGCUGAAGAAGAUUGGAGAAGGAGGUCAAGGCCAGGUGAUCCAGUGCCUUGAUCACAAAAGGAACAUCCUGGUGGCCAUCAAGAUCCUGGUGUCACCAUCGAGCUCCAAGCAAGAAACAUACCAGAAGAUGGAGCUCCAGAUAGCUCUGGAACUUCAGGACGAGGGCAGUGAUGAAGAUUUCAACGUCAUCAAAGUCCUGAACAUAUUUCAUUUCAGAGGACACUACUGUAUCGUCAUGGAGCUGUUGAAGGAGAGCCUUCAUGAAGUGAUUAGAAAUGCGGGGCUCCGGCGGCUGGACAUGGCGAUGGUGAAAACCUACACCAGGGGCAUCCUCAAGUUCUUGCGCCACAUCAAUUCCAGGAAAAUCGUCCACGCGGACAUCAAGCCUGAAAAUGUUCUCGUCAAAGACACCGUGACUGGCACCGUGAGGAUCACGGACUUUGGCACGAGCUUUUUCGUGGAAAGUCAACCUAUGAAUGUUGGUGGCACCCUAGAAUACUUGGCUCCGGAGCUGUUGCUGGGCUAUAGCUUGACAUGUGGAGUGGAUAUGUGGGCGCUGGGCUGCACGGUGGCUGAGUUGGCGACGGGCAGGGAAUUAUUCCGGUCCAACAGCCACGAAGAUCACCUCCCGCGCUGCAUAGAGAUUCUGGGGAUGCCUCCAAGGUACAUGGUGAAUGGAGCACCCGACAGAACGCAGUUCUUUGACCAUCGGGGGAAGAUGUUCUGCCCAGGCAAGAAAAGGGUUCCGGGGAGCUUCCCACUUCACAGGGUGCUCAAAAGCGAUGACCCGGAGUUUGUCGAAUUCAUCAGCUCCUGUUUGCGAUGGGAUCCGAAUUGUCGUAUGACGCCAGUGCAGGCGCUGGCUCAUAACUGGCUCCGGACUGCGGCCACCAGCACCACCACGGCCAGCAAAGCCACCACCACCACCGCUGCUGCUCCUGGCAGUGUGAAGCACUCUGGAGCUGCUGAGCGACGAGUGGAGCCGGCACAGCGCCCAUCCUCCUUGCUCGCCCAGGCCUCUAAAGAGAAGUUGAAGGUUGUGGAGGAAGAAGAGACCAUGGUGGAGGAGCUGGUGGUGCUGGAGGAGGAGGAGACUCUGGUGGAGGAGUUGGUGGUACAAGAGGAGACUCUGGUGGAGGAGUUGGUGGUACAGGAGGAGACCCUGGUGGAGGAGUUGGUGGUACAGGAGGAGACGCUGGUGGAGGAGUUUGUGGUACUUGAGGAGACGCUGGUGGAGGAGUUGAUGGUACAGGAGACGCUGGUGGAGGAGUUGGUGGUACAGGAGACGCUGGUGGAGGAGUUGGUGGUACAGGAGACUCUGGUGGAGGAGUUGGUGGUACAGGAGACUCUGGUGGAGGAGUUGGUGGUACUUGAGGAGACGCUGGUAGAGGAGUUGGUGGUACAGGAGACCCUAGUGGAGGAGUUUGUGGUACAGGAGACGCUGGUGGAGGAGUUGGUGGUACAGGAGACCCUGUUGGAGGAGUUGGUGGUACAGGAGACUCUGGUGGAGGAGUUGGUGGUACAGGAGACUCUGGUGGAGGAGUUGGUGGUACUUGAGGAGACGCUGGUGGAGGAGUUGGUGGUACAGGAUACUCUGGUGGAGAAGUUGGUAGUACUUGAGGAGACCCUGGUGGAGGAGUUGGUGGUACAGGAGACCCUGGUGGAGGAGUUGAUGGUACAGCAGGAGAAGAGGCAGCAAGGGAGCCUGGCCCGCAUAGGGAGAGCCAUCCGCUCACUCCUCCGACGUGUGCUGCUUUGUGGUGGCCGGUCCACUGCACAGUAGGGGUGGUAGAGGUGGUGGAUUGGUGUGAACCCUGACGACUUUCACCACACUCAAAACACUCACCCUGCACCCAACCACCCUGUGAUACCCUCAACCCACCACCCACACCUUGCAUCCACCCAGUCCUUGAUACCCCGCACCCACCACACACACCCUGCAUCCACCACACUCACCCUGCACCCACCAGACUCACCCUGCACCCACCACACACACCCUGCACCCACCCAGUCAGUGAUAACCCGCACCCACCACACACACCCUGCACCCACCACACACACCCUGCACCCACCACACACACCCUGCACCCACCACACUCACCCUGAACCCACCACCCACACCCUGCAUCCACCCACCCUGUGAUACCCUGCACCCACCACACUCACCCUGCACCCACCACACACACCCUGCACCCACCACACACACCCUGCACCCACCACACUCACCCUGCACCCACCACACACACCCUGCACCCACCACCCACACCCUGCACCCACCACACUCACCCUGCACUCACCCACCCUGUGAUACCCUCCACCCACCACCCACACCCUGCACCCACCCACCCUGUGAAACCCUCCA